CUUCCUUGGCUAGGAAGCCCCGGGAGUCUAGCUCGGCGCAAUCCCCAGCGUUGACAUUAAACUGCGAGGCGGAUUCGAGGGCCUUAGUCCCUCCCCCUUCACCCUCCCUCGCCACUUAACAUCGUUUUAUUAGCCGCUAUGGCGUCGACGUCCUCUGUAGAGGCAACAAAGCAGCUCUGGGAUGACACUCUGGCAAGACUACUCAACCUUUCGACCGCGACGGUCACUCGAAACACUGAACUCCAAGCAAGACUUAACGAGGCCGAAUUAGAGCUAUCCGUUUGGAAGCAGGCUCAUUCUGCUGCGCUUGAUUCAGCAGAGCGAGAUAGAAAAGCUCACAUGCUUCAUGUUGCGACUCUCAACUCGCAAAUUGCCUCUUUACAGGAAAUUGGCACACAAAGCCCACUUAUGCUGUGCAUCAUCGAUGGUGACGGCAAUAUCUUCAGUCCAAAUCUCUUGACGCAGGGCGUCCAAGGAGGUCGUCAAGCGGCCCAAGAAUUGACAAGAGGUAUUGCUGGAUACAUCCAGGACCACGACCUUCCGGUAGGCACCAGUGUCGUAUUCUCGGUCGUUGUAUUCUUCAACAGGAAAGGCCUCCUGGACACUCUGGUCAGCCACGGUAUCUGUACCACAGAGCAAUUCGAAGCGUUUUUUCUGGGUUUCGGCCAGGCGUCUCCUCGUUUUUGGACGGUAGACGUAGGGAUUGGUAGAGAACCGGCGGACACCAAGAUCAAAGAUUAUUUGCAAACGUAUGGACGUUUCCCGCAAACCUUGAGGAUAAUCUUCGGAGGCGGGCACGACAAUGCCUAUAUGCCGACAUUAACCGCGAUGGAAAACGAACAGCUCCUGGGAAAGGUUGUUAUCUUACAAGGGUGCGACGAUCUCGCGUCCGAGAUCAGGUCGUUGGAUUUGCCAAUUUUGCGGAUCGACGGCUUAUUUAUGGAGCAUAAACUCUCCUCUGCUUCCAAGAAGCCUGGGCCCAUCCCCCUUGGUGGUCUCUGGUCGAUCACAACCAAUGGUGGACUCCUGAGUCCCCGCUCGCCUCCAGUUUGCUCCCCUUCCGAGCUUGAUGGGAGGUUUAUAGAUCCUAGCAGGGUCAAAUCCCCUCCCCCAUGCAAUGAACACUACCUGAUGUCUUGCAGCAAAGGAGGAUCGUGCAAAUACUCACAUGAUUACAUUUUAACGCCAGACCAGCUGGGAGCGUUGGCGAGGAAUGCAAAGAAGGCUCCUUGCAAUUAUCUGAAAAAUGGCUUGACCUGCCCUCACGGUGACAGAUGCUGUUGGGGUCACAAGUGUCCCAAUGGGCCAUCAUGUUUCCACCUAAGCAAGGGCAAAUGCUGGUUUAAAGGCGACGCCAUGCACUCCCCGGUAGACUAA